UUAUUUAGUAAUGGAGUUGAUGGAUGCCAAUUUGUGCCAGGUGAUUCAAAUGGAGUUAGAUCACGAGCGAAUGUCUUACCUGCUCUAUCAGAUGCUGUGUGGUAUCAAACACCUUCACUCUGCAGGAAUCAUUCACAGGGAUUUAAAACCAAGUAAUAUUGUGGUAAAAUCAGACUGUACGUUGAAGAUCCUGGAUUUUGGACUGGCAAGGACUGCAGGCACUAGCUUCAUGAUGACACCCUAUGUGGUCACACGCUAUUACAGAGCACCAGAAGUCAUCCUGGGAAUGGGCUACAAGGAGAAUGUGGAUAUAUGGUCAGUAGGAUGCAUUAUGGGAGAAAUGGUGCGCCAUAAAAUCCUCUUUCCAGGAAGGGACUAUAUUGACCAGUGGAAUAAGGUAAUUGAACAGCUGGGAACUCCCUGUCCAGAAUUCAUGAAAAAGCUCCAGCCCACGGUGAGGAACUACGUGGAAAACCGGCCUAAAUAUGCUGGCCUCACUUUCCCUAAACUUUUUCCAGACUCUCUUUUUCCAGCUGAUUCAGAACACAACAAACUCAAAGCUAGCCAAGCUAGGGACCUUUUAUCAAAGAUGCUAGUGAUUGAUCCAGCCAAACGGAUAUCAGUGGAUGAAGCCUUACAGCAUCCAUACAUCAAUGUCUGGUAUGACCCAGCAGAGGUGGAGGCGCCACCUCCACAGAUCUAUGACAAGCAGUUGGAUGAAAGAGAACACACAAUCGAAGAGUGGAAAGAAUUAAUCUACAAGGAAGUAAUGAAUUCCGAAGAAAAGACUAAAAAUGGUGUAGUAAAAGGACAACCUUCUCCCUCAGCAGUGAACAGCAGCGACAGCCUCCCUCCCUCCUCAUCUGUCAAUGACAUUUCCUCCAUGUCCACAGACCAGACCCUGGCAUCGGACACCGACAGCAGUUUGGAAGCUUCUGCAGGGCCCCUCGGUUGUUGCAGGUGACUAGCCGCCUGCCUGCGAAACCCAACGUUCUUCAGAAGAUGAUGCAGUUUGUAGGGAGACAAAUCUAUGGUGAUUAGUGAAAGAAUUUGAGGAUGGUAAGGAAAAGAGAGAGAGAGAGAGAGAGAGAAAGAGAGAAAUCAAAAUACACAUACUGAUUAAGCAAACAAAAAAGUCCCUUUCAGCCUGCUUCUCCUAAAAAAAAAAGAAUAGUGUAAAUGCAGCUAAGCUCAAGUGUAUAUUUAACUUAUAGUUGCUCUGCUUUGGUCUUCUUCCAAUGAUGCUUACUGCACAAAAUGAGAGAAAGAGAGAGAGAGAAAAGGGGGGAAAAUUAAGAAAAA